AUGAAAGAAGGAAAUCUUUCUACAGUGACUGAGUUCGUCCUCGCUGGGUUGACAGACAAACCAGAGCUGCAGCUGCCCCUCUUCCUGCUCUUCCUCGGGAUCUACAUGCUCACAGUGCUGGGGAACCUGGGCAUGAUCAUCCUGAUCCUGCUCAGCUCCCACCUGCACACCCCCAUGUACUUCCUUCUCAGCAGUCUGUCCUUCACUGACCUCUGCCAGUCCACUGUCCUUAUUCCUAAAAUGCUGGGGAACUUCGUGAUGGAGAAGAAUGUGACGUCAUAUCCUGAGUGCAUGACUCAGCUUUACUGCUUUCUCCUUUUUGCUAUCUCAGAAUGUUACAUGCUGGCGGCAAUGGCCUAUGAUCGCUACGUGGCCAUCUGCAGUCCCUUGCUUUAUAGUAUAAUCAUGUCUCACCAGGCCUGUUUUUCUCUUAUUUUAGGGGUGUAUAUUAUAGGAGUAGUCUGUGCAUCAGCUCAUGUAGGAUGUAUGUUUAGGGUUCAUUUCUGCAGACUUGACGUGAUCAAUCACUAUUUCUGUGACCUUCUUUCUAUGCUAAAACUCUCCUGUUCUAGUAUUUUUGUCAAUAAGAUGAUGAUUCUAAUCUUUAGUGGAAUUAAUAUCAUUGCGCCAACUCUGAGUAUAUUUAGCUCUUACAUACUCAUUAUUGCUAGCAUCCUCCGCAUCAAAUCCACUGAGGGCAGGGCCAAAGCCUUCAGCACCUGCAGCUCACACAUAUCAGCUGUUGCUGUCUUCUUCGGUUCUGCUGCAUUUAUGUACCUGAAUCCAUCAUCUUUCAGCUCCAUGGAUGAGGGGAAAGUAUCUUCUGUGUUUUAUACUAUUGUUGUGCCCAUGCUCAAUCCACUUAUCUAUAGCCUGAGGAAUAAGGAUGUUAAUAUUGCCUUGAAAAAAUUGCUAGGAAAAAGAGUAUUCUUGUGA